GAUAGCACCACCUCUGAGGCCAUCAAUGCAGUGGCAAAGACCUUUUACCAGCUCCUUCCGUGAGUUUCGCCCAAAAUUCCACGGUGAUAUCGUCAGGCCUAAAAAGGGCACUGGUAUCAAAGUGCAUUUCGUAGACUCAAAGAAGAAUCCGAUAAAAACAAUAGAAACAAAUGAAGGCGAUGAUUUAUUACAUUUGGCACACGAGUGGGAUGUCGAUUUAGAAGGUGCAUGCGAAGCUAGUUGUGCAUGCUCAACUUGCCAUGUUAUACUGGAACCAGAGGUAUUCGAUCAAUUAGAAGAGCCUUCAGACGAUGAGAAUGACAUGCUUGAUUUGGCAUUCGGAUUGACUGACACCUCACGAUUAGGUUGUCAAGUACAUGUGCAAAAAACUAUGGAUGGUAUGGUCGUUCAGCUACCGUCAGCGACAAGGAAUAUGUUCGUAGAUGGAGCGAAACCACAUAAGCAUUAAAUAAAUAGAUUAUUUUUUCAAUGUUCAAUGGCGUAAUUACAAUAAUAGCAUUAUAUUCUUGCAUUAAU